UGCAGAACUUUGUCGCAGUGUAGAAACUGAUUCACUGUUUGGUGAUACAAAUAUUUGCUAACAAGGCCAUCAGAAAACAUAAGGUUCUGAUUGCAUAUACCAAAGCGACAUAUAUGAAACAGUGAUGACUACUUAGUUACUAUAAAAAAGCUGUUGCUCAGCAAAAACAUAACUUAAAGAUACAUUUAUCAAACUGAUGCCACCAAGGUUGCUAUAGGCAGAGGAUCUCAGAUUCUGUGGGAUUAAUAGACAACUGUGUUCAGUUGAAUUCACAAGAAUUGUGGUGUUUGUUUUUGUAAUGAUUAGUCAUGAUACACGCCUCUGUUGUGCAAUCAGCUUGAAGCGGAAGACUAGGAACUCAUUUCCAAGUUGUCAUUUCCUGAAGACUGCAUUUCCUUUGUAUUCUUACUUUGCCUUGCCAGUCCUCUGUACUGGAAUACUCUGGUGACAGGUGAAAUUUUACCAAAGUAACUUUUUUUGUUUAUGUUUUUAGUUAUGUUGAUUUUCAAACCAAGAUAUCAAGGUGUGAGAAUAGGUACCAACUUGGUCAAGGGAUUGUUGGCCGUUUCAAAGGAAUAGACGUAAAGGGGUGGUGUGGACAUCAACAUUUUUUUUUUUUUAUCAGAGGUGUUUGUGUGCUUUGAAAGCUAAUGAGAAUAUUUGGUGAAUUUCUUAACAGAUUAGAACCUUGAGUUUCAGCAUUGGAACCUUGAGUUUCCUUCCUUGUUUGUGAAUCAAAUCCAGAUAGUGAUUUCAAUCAAACAGCUAAAGAAACUGAUCUCAGUCUGGCUUGGAUUAAGCUAUGUCUGUGUAUAGACUGGAGUCAAAGUUAACAAACCGAGGUAAUGGCUCGGAUCUGGACGUCAUCAGAUCCACCCACAGGAGCUCCACCUCUCUCACACUGAUAGGUGAGAUAGCUACCUGACUGGUUCACCUCUGUCAUUCUCCCCUCAGGGGAAGUCUUGGAAAAAAUGAUGAAAAGCCUGUUUGAAACCUGCGCAAAGUAUGGAUUCACGUUGACAUUCAUCAGGUCCACAGUCCCACCCCUUCCAGGAUGCACCCCCCACCCCACCCGGCUCCGUAAGUACUAAACAUGAUGCUGGUCAUCAUAGGUUACACACAUGCUGAAUUGGCUUCUAGGGGCAAAGCCAGACAUUCUGAAGACUUCCCUUCUGCUGGACUGAUGGAGUUGUGGAAAAGCCAAGAGUUGAUCUGUAAACACGGAAGAGAGUGAGACGCUUAAAGCCACGAACAGUCAUGGCCCUACUGUGCCUGAAAAGCCCCCUUAGCUCCUCUUGGUAGAGUUCAGCUAGGGCAUCAUGGGAAAUCACCAUCUAUGUUACUGUCAAGGAAUUCACCAGCUCUCCUCUCAGUUCUCUGAACCACCAGCAGCAGUGGCAGCAGCAGCAGCAGUGCACAGACAGACUUGUCCCUGGGUCUCGCCCCAGUGAGGAGCAAACAGGAAGUUUGGCAGCUGGGGCCGGGAGAGGGAGAGGCCCGGAGGGGGGCGAGUGCUGUGACCAUGCGCAGCCACCUCUGCCUGCUGCUCCUGGUGAACAUGAUGACAUGUGGGCUGGAGGUGUGUCUGGCGGUGGGCACCAUCUACAUCCCCCCGCUCCUGCUGGAGGCUGGGGUGGAGGAGCGCUACAUGACCAUGGUAUUGGGUGUGGGGCCCGUGCUUGGUCUCAUUUUUGUCCCCCUAAUUGGCUCGGCCAGCGACAGCUGGAAGGGUCGCUUUGGCCGGCGCCGGCCCUUCAUUUGGGCCCUGAGCAUGGGCGUGCUGCUGUCGCUGGUGCUUAUCCCGCACGCCACUUCGCUGGCCUCCCUGUUGGCUCUCCAGCGCCCCCGCUGGCUGGAGGUGGGGCUGCUGGUGCUGGGCAUCAUCCUGCUGCAGUUCUGUGGCCAGGCCUGCUUCACACCGCUGGAGGCACUGGUCAGCGACCUGUUCCCCGGUGAGCAGGAGAGCCGCUCGGCCUUCACCACCUUCUCCCUGCUGCUCAGCCUGGGUGGCUGCCUGGGCUACCUGCUGCCCGCUGUCAACUGGAAGGACGGUGUGGCCUCCCUCUACCUGGGCAGCCAGGAGGCCUUCAUCUACAUGCUGCUCACCCUCAUCUUCCUGGGCUGCAUGCUCAGCACGGCCAUGAUCUCGGAGGAGUCGACGGCCAGUGGGGAGGAGAGCGGGGUCAGGAAAUGCAGGAGGCUCAACCGCUGCUGCAGCUGGCUGAUGCCGCUGCGCCUGUGUGGGGCCGCGGCCCGCCUGCUAGCCAUGCUGCCACAGUCCUACCAGAUGUACCAGGGCAUGCCCAGGGUCCUCCGCCGGCUCUUCCUGGCUGACCUCUGCAGCUGGAUGGCCCUGGAGAGCUUCUUGCUCUUCUACACAGACUUUGUGGGUGAGAGGUUGUACCACGGCCAGCCCAGUGCCGUGCCUGGGUCCAAACGGAAGCUGCUUUUUGAAGAAGGUGUGCGAAUGGCCAGCCUCGGCCUGUUCCUACAGUGUCUGACAGCGGUGUGCUGCUCGCUGCUGAUGGAGCGCCUGCUGGCGCGCCUGGGCCCCAAGGUGCUCCUGCUGUGCAGCGUGGGAACACUGACUCUCAGCACGGCUGUCAUGACCCUCUCCCACAGCACCAUCCUGGUCACCACCAUGGCCGCGGCCACCGGCUUCACCUUCUGCACUCUGCAGGUGCUGCCAUAUACCCUCAUCUGUCUAUAUCACUCCAACAAACAGGUGUUCUUCCCUAGCACUGUGAGAAAACAUUCAACCACUAGCAAAGACACCUCUUCCACACAAAACGAACAUCUGGGGGGGCCCUGUCCAUCAGCUUGUAUCCUCCACCUACCCAAGCCAGAGAUGGAGCACCCCAGCUCCUCUAGAGGGAUGUGUCUGGACCUGGCGCUGCUGGACAGUGCGUACCUGCUCUCCCAGGUUGUGCCCUCCCUACUCAUGGGUUCACUGGUUCAGCUCACCCACAACGUGAACGCCUACAUGGCCAGCUCCUGUGCCCUCAGUCUGCUGGCGGUGGGGGUCUCAUCGCGGAUCGUCUUUGACCGGAGGGACAUGGAGCUGCUUCAGUAAUGCAAUGGCUGAAAGCAAAUUUCUUCAGGGCAAAAUAUUUUAGGAGGAAAAUAUAGGAGGGGACGUUUAGAAAAGGAAUGUUACCGAACUGUAAAAUCAGGCCUCUGCAGCCCUGAACUGAAAGCUUUUGAACAAUCAAAGGGAUCUUUGAGAAAGAUUAUCUGCGUAUAGAGUAACCUAGACAUGUUGACUUUUUUUUUUAUGCCUUUAAUGCGACAGGAUAGUGGAGAGUGACAGGAAGUGAGUGGGAGAGAGAGUUG